AGCUCCCUGUUCUCCUCGCGUCUUGCGGGGUAGAUGGGGCGGCCCAAAUGUUGGAAUGUUACUGCGCUCCUGCCUCUCUUCAGGGCAGCUCUGUUAGCUGGGAACUAGCUGCCUGCCCCUUUCAGUCCUUGAGGGAACUCGCCCCUUUGCCCUGGCCCGUGUGGUGUUAAAGCUGUUUCUCGGGCACCUCCUCCUCCAAACCCCCGACCAGCCGCCCAGCGCCGUCAGAGCAGCCCGGACUAGCCUCCUCCCCUCUCAGCCGUCUGACUCCUCUCCCCAGUCUGUAGUCCCCUCAAUUUGCAUUCUUUAGCCCCGCUUGGAAAGAGACCGGAGAGAAAUUUGCCCACUACCCCCCGAGAAGACCCACUUGUCAGCCGUGUCUCGGGGUGGGGGGCACUGCAAGGCCUGGCGCUGUUUUGUGCACGUUAAAUGCCCAGCAGUAUCUCCCAGACCGGCAACCCCCGACCCUCCAGUCUCCAUGUCUUACAGAAGCCAAAUUCGAGAGUUAUAUAAUUUCUAGUGCUGCUGUUGCUCCUGCCUGAGGAAACACUUCAUCGCGUGGAGGGUGCAGGACAUUUCAGUGCUCUUCCCUAAAAGAACGGGGCUUGGGCAGGGGUGGCCAGCGGUGGCAGAGAAAUGUCUUGUCUUUUCUGCAAAAGGAAGGUGGGUAGUUUGAAGAGAGAUUGAGAGAAAAGGUGGAUGUGAAAGCCAAGCAGCUGCACUUUCUCAUUUAGGAAAUCGCGGACCGUUUGCAUAGCUUAUGCUUACAUGUCUAAUACUACUACGGCGUCUCUGAAAACACCUUUGGGGGAAGGUUUGGCUUCUCUCGAAGUCUCAGUGUUUUUCCUCGCCGGAUAGGGAGCUGCUUGGAUGCGAAGAGAUGGCAUGAUGUGAAUGACUCCAGUGUGAAGAAAUCUGCUUCGCCAACUCAUCCUGCAUCAAGUGCCCAUUGAGUAGCACUGUCACUUUAAUGUCUCCAUGCCAAGGGAUUGCUUUCCUUUUUUUUCAAUCCUCUCGGUUAAUACAUGAGAGGAUCAGAAUCAGAGGGCCAUUAAGGAUCAAGCCUGGGGGCUUGGAGAGCACAGAAGAAAAAAAUGAAAGUGACAGCAAGCUGGAUUCUGAGUUACUGAGGGGGUGAGAUCCGGAACUUCUGAUCAGUAAAUAGAAGGGGGCCUUUCAGUGUGUGUUCUGCCACAGAAAACUGUUCAAACUCAUCUAUCUUUUUAGAGACUGGAGUCAAAGAGGUUUUUAAAAGUAUUUUUGGGGAGGUGGGGUUAAAUUUGUCUCUACGGAUUUGAGGAUCUUUAUCAUCAUCUUUGAAUUUGGCCAUCUAUAAAGUAAUGAGACCUGUCUAAAUUUGGUUUGUGCCUUAAUUGAGUUAGUCAUUGAACUUCCAAAAAUGUUGCUGCCUGAAGAGGAAUUUCAGUAACGUUCUUCAUGUUUACAAUAAUUUUCCCAGUUUGUAAAAACGUCUAAAUAUUUUCUGAAAAUUGAAAAACUUGAAAAACUCAAAAAUUACGUUUCUGUAAACUCUGUGGGCGAUGUAGAAAGUUUAGUUGUGGAAAAAGUACAUCAUUAUUUUCUUUAUCUGACAUAGAAGACUCAGCCUGGAUUUCAAAACUGAACAGUGAAGUGGUUUGCAACAGUUACCUGGCUUUUGGCCUCAAUCCAGCUGGAUCAAACUGAGACCUGAAAAGAGAUAUUGAAUCCUGUGGCAGUGGAAAGACCCAAGAAUGCCAGUCAAGAAGGAAGAUACUGACCGAGCUUUAUCAUUACUGGAAGAAUACUGCAAAAAAUUAAGGAAACCAGAGGAGCAGCUGUUGAAAAAUGCGGUUAAAAAGGUGAUGGGUAUCUUUAAGAGCAGCUUAUUCCAAGCUUUGCUAGAUAUCCAAGAAUUUUAUGAGGUGACAUUGCUAAAUUCUCAAAAAAGUUGUGAGCAGAAGAUAGAAGAAGCCAAUCAAGUUUUACAGAAAUGGGAGAAGACAUCCCUUCUUGCUCCGUGCCAUGACAGUCUUCAAAAAUCUUCAGAGCCUACAGAUUGCAGUGGAUCAAAGGAAAAUGCUUCAUGUAUUGAGCAAAAUAGAGAAAAUCAGUGUUUUGAAAAUGAAACUGAUGAGACGACAACUCAAAACCAAGGCAGAUGCCCAGCCCAGAAUUGUUCAGUGGAAGCCCCUGCUUGGAUGCCUGUCCACCACUGUACUAAGUAUCGAUAUCAAGAUGAGGACGCUCCACAUGAUCAUUCCUUACCUCGACUGACCCAUGAAGUAAGAGGCCCAGAACUCGUGCAUGUAUCAGAAAAGAACCUCUCUCAAAUAGAAAAUGUCCAUGGAUACGUCUUGCAGUCUCAUAUUUCUCCUCUGAAGGCCAGUCCUGCUCCUAUAAUUGUCAACACAGAUACUUUGGACACAAUUCCUUAUGUCAAUGGGACAGAAAUUGAAUAUGAAUUUGAAGAAAUUACACUGGAGAGGGGGAAUUCUGGCCUGGGAUUCAGUAUUGCUGGGGGGACAGAUAAUCCCCACAUUGGAGAUGACCCUGGCAUAUUUAUUACGAAGAUUAUACCAGGAGGUGCUGCAGCAGAGGAUGGCAGACUCAGGGUCAAUGAUUGUAUCUUGCGGGUGAAUGAGGUUGAUGUGUCAGAGGUUUCCCACAGUAAAGCGGUGGAAGCCCUCAAGGAAGCGGGGUCUAUCGUUCGGCUGUAUGUUCGUAGAAGACGACCCAUUUUGGAGACCGUUGUGGAAAUCAAACUGUUCAAAGGCCCUAAAGGUUUAGGCUUCAGUAUUGCAGGAGGUGUGGGGAACCAACACAUUCCUGGAGACAACAGCAUUUAUGUAACUAAAAUUAUAGAUGGAGGAGCUGCACAAAAAGAUGGAAGGUUGCAAGUAGGAGAUAGACUACUAAUGGUAAACAACUACAGUUUAGAAGAAGUAACACAUGAAGAGGCAGUAGCAAUAUUAAAGAACACAUCAGAGGUAGUUUAUUUAAAAGUUGGCAAACCCACUACCAUUUAUAUGACUGAUCCUUAUGGUCCACCUGAUAUUACUCACUCUUAUUCUCCACCAAUGGAAAACCAUCUACUCUCUGGCAACAAUGGCACUUUAGAAUAUAAAACCUCCCUGCCACCCAUCUCUCCAGGAAGGUACUCACCAAUUCCAAAGCACAUGCUUGUUGACGACGACUACACCAGGCCUCCGGAACCUGUUUACAGCACUGUGAACAAACUAUGUGAUAAGCCUGCUUCUCCCAGGCACUAUUCCCCCGUUGAGUGUGACAAAAGCUUCCUCCUCUCAGCUCCCUAUUCCCACUACCACCUAGGCCUGCUACCUGACUCUGAGAUGACCAGUCAUUCCCAACAUAGCACCGCAACUCGUCAGCCUUCAGUGACUCUACAACGGGCCAUCUCCCUGGAAGGAGAGCCUCGCAAGGUGGUCCUGCACAAAGGCUCCACUGGCCUGGGCUUCAACAUUGUCGGUGGGGAAGAUGGAGAAGGUAUUUUUGUAUCCUUCAUUCUGGCUGGUGGACCAGCAGACCUAAGUGGGGAGCUCCAGAGAGGAGACCAGAUCCUAUCGGUGAAUGGCAUUGACCUCCGUGGUGCAUCCCACGAACAGGCAGCUGCUGCACUAAAGGGGGCUGGACAGACAGUGACAAUUAUAGCACAAUAUCAACCUGAAGAUUACGCUCGAUUUGAGGCCAAAAUCCAUGACCUACGAGAGCAGAUGAUGAACCACAGCAUGAGCUCCGGGUCCGGAUCCCUGCGAACCAAUCAGAAACGCUCCCUCUACGUCAGAGCCAUGUUCGACUACGACAAGAGCAAGGACAGUGGGCUGCCAAGUCAAGGACUUAGUUUUAAAUACGGAGAUAUUCUCCACGUUAUCAAUGCCUCUGAUGAUGAGUGGUGGCAAGCCAGGAGAGUCAUGCUGGAGGGAGACAGUGAGGAGAUGGGGGUCAUCCCCAGCAAACGGAGGGUGGAAAGAAAGGAACGUGCCCGAUUGAAGACAGUGAAGUUUAAUGCCAAACCUGGAGUGAUUGAUUCGAAAGGGGACAUCCCCGGAUUAGGUGACGACGGUUAUGGAACAAAGACUCUGAGAGGACAAGAAGACCUCAUUCUUUCCUAUGAGCCUGUUACAAGGCAGGAAAUAAACUAUACCCGGCCAGUGAUUAUCCUGGGGCCCAUGAAGGAUCGGAUCAAUGAUGACUUGAUAUCUGAAUUCCCUGAUAAAUUUGGCUCCUGUGUGCCUCAUACUACGAGGCCAAAGCGAGACUACGAGGUGGACGGCAGAGACUAUCACUUUGUCAUUUCCAGAGAACAAAUGGAGAAAGAUAUCCAAGAGCACAAGUUUAUAGAAGCCGGCCAGUACAAUGACAAUUUAUAUGGAACCAGUGUGCAGUCUGUGAGAUUUGUAGCAGAAAGAGGCAAACACUGUAUACUUGAUGUAUCAGGAAAUGCUAUCAAGCGGUUACAAGUUGCCCAGCUCUAUCCCAUUGCCAUCUUCAUAAAACCCAGGUCUCUGGAACCUCUUAUGGAGAUGAAUAAGCGUCUAACAGAGGAACAAGCCAAGAAAACCUAUGAUCGAGCAAUUAAGCUAGAACAAGAAUUUGGAGAAUAUUUUACAGCUAUUGUCCAAGGAGAUACUUUAGAAGAUAUAUAUAACCAAUGCAAGCUUGUUAUUGAAGAGCAAUCUGGGCCUUUCAUCUGGAUUCCCUCAAAGGAAAAGUUAUAAAUUAGCUACUGCGCCUCUGACAACGACAGAAGAGCAUUUAGAAGAACAAAAUAUAUAUAACAUACUACUUGGAGGCUUUUAUGUUUUUGUUGCAUUUAUGUUUUUGCAGUCAAUGUGAAUUCUUAUGAAUGUACAACACAAACUGUAUGAAGCCAUGAAGGAAACAGAGGGGCCAAAGGGUGGGACAGAAAAGACAUUGCAGUAUGAAGGAAGGCUUUGGUUUGCUCAAAGUGCCAGGUGUAGGGAUGAACCUCUGACGGGCUUUUUGCCCAAGAGAUGAGAGCCUCCUCACCCCAGCAGAUGUCCAGAGCUGAUUUAGCUGCAGAGCUCUCUGUGUCUUUUGCUUUAAAGAAAAAUUGCCAGCACUCGAACCUCAUCAACCUUCCCAUUACCCACAUCUGUAAUUGGUACACUUUGAAUUUUAUAACUAUGCACAUCUUUUGAUUUCUUAACAAGCAAAUGAAAGAAAGAAGGAAAAAAGAAAGGAGUCCCUUUGGAGACGACAUACUAUCAGGGAAGGAUAAAUGUGUAGUUUUUUGACUGGCAUCUGCAAAGACAAGCAUUUCAUAAAAUUUGCAAGUGUAUGGAGGACUAACCUCACUGACAGGAGGGGAUUCCACCUGGGAUUAGCUUUAUGAUUGUUGAUUGCCUAUUUUGCCAUUUAUAGACUGAAAGAAGGCACUAAAGAUGAGAAUAAUUUAUACAAUAAAAAUAUAUUAAAUGUAUAGAAACAAAUUUCUAUAGGUUAAAAAAGUUUUGUGAAAUAUUUUGUAAAGACUAAUAUUGAAAGACUAAAUGUAUGCAACAUCAGCAGAUGAUCAAAUUCAAGAACUGAAAGUUGCACUCUCCCUUUUGUUGCCAAUGAUCCAUUAAGAGCAUCUGAGUUCCUUUUAAGUCUGACAAAGACUUCUUCCUCACUUACCUCCCUUCCACAUUAGUGAUACACUCUCAUGCAGCACAUCCCUUAAUGAGUUGCCCUCAUGGAUAUUUUUGGAAGACAUUUGGUUAAGGCAUUUUUUUAUGCUGAUGGCUUUUCAGAGACAAACUUAUGCAAAUGAUCUAAAGGGAAGUUUUUGCUUUUCUCUAGUUAAAUAACCUGAGCCUGCCAUGCAAAUAGUUGAAUAACUUUGUUCCUAGUUACUGACAUACAAUUCUUAAAGGACCAUUUAGCAUUUUGGCCAACAAUGAGUAAUUAGGAUUAGUACCUUUUCCUUUUACAGAGUAACAGAGUUUUUUAACAUCCAGAGAUGGUAUUAGAGCCAAUGAGAGAUCUGUUCCUAGAUGCACUAUUUCUUUGAGGAAGAGAGAGAAGAUAAGUAUCUGGUUGGGGGUGAGGGAUGCAGACUUUUUUGUUUCUAUGUACGGAGCAAAGAGAGUCACAAGGAAAGACAAUUAAUGACUUUGAGCUCAACCAAUUGAACUGCCUUUCUUGGAGCUGCACCUGGACCAAGUUUAUUUUUUUAACAAUUAUAAUAACGAUGAUUUAAAAAAAGAAACCUCCCAAAGCCUAUAAACUGAACUAGAAGAGUUAGUUUCCCACUUUAGAGUGGAUGGCGACAUCAGCAUUGCUUUUGCCCAUGGUGUUUAGAGAGAGACUUUUCAGUGAUAAUAACCACUCUACUCUGGGUUCUGUGCAUGCCCAGACUAAGCCCCAUCGCCUUAUUUCUGGGGUACAUCCAGACCUGGCAGGGAUUCUGCCACACUGUGCAGCAAACCAGCAUGUAGGCUGGGUAGGAGAGCAAGAGAUAGAGCCAUCAGUGUGAUGGGGCUUCUUCACAGUAAGAACAUCGGAGCUUAGAAUGAGAGUCUCUUUCCAAAAACAGGCAUUGUUCAUCUUACACUAAACAUCAUUGUCUGCCUGGCUGCAGUCACCAAAACAAAACAGAAAUGCAAAAUUAUGCAUCUUCCCAUAGUCCUGCGGCUUCCUUUGCCAAUGGAAGGGCUAGCAAUGCAUUUUCCCUCUCAUGAAAGUUAAAUUUCCAGAGACUUCCUUAGAUUGCUCAAAAUGUUAAAGAUAAGUCCAUGUCUGCAAUUCACCAGUUUCAGGUCAAGGCCUACUUUCAUCAAUAUUGCUCCCAGAAGUUUUCUGCCACCAGAAUGCCAUUCCUGAUCCCAGCUCUAUUUUUAGGCCACCAUGAUAACUUCUUUGGUUUCUCAACUGAGCAUGCAACCAUUUAUUUAAAAGACUGUCAUUAAUGAGUAGAUGUUUUCGCGGGUCGUGUGAUGUGCUUUCCAUUUACUAGUAUUGCUGUGGCUGAGUACAAUCAAAUUGAACCACCAACCCUUGGUUUUGUAGUAAUAUAACUAUUUAUUUUCCUAGUGUAGAUGCUUUCAGAUUAGAAUUAGCAUUUGCACUGAUUUUUUUAUGUAGAUUUAUAUAAAUAUAUAAAUACAUAUAUAUUUGCUUGAAGAAUCACCAAGCAAAUUGGUGAGAGGGUCUUUUCCAAUAGAAUUUACACCUCCAUUUGUUGUGUUGUCUUGCACUUCCCAAUGUUGAUGUCUCUAUGGCUCCAAUGAACUGGUGUAUUUUGCAGCAAAUCUGAUGACUUGUAUGGAAAUGGCAUGAAAGUUACCCAGAUUACAUCUGGAGCAAAUGCACUCGGAGCCUGGGGCCAGACUGGUGCUAACACUGCAAACUUUGUCCAGAGCUCUCUCCAACCUGAAGGCUUGCUGGGGGUGCAAUGUCACCUUCACACAUGCUGGGCCCUUUCAGAAAAGUGCCAGAUCGUGUAACUGGUGCUAUUUUUCAUGCUCUGGUACAAUGUGUAGCACCACGGGGGUCUCAGCUUUACCAAAAUCAAAAUUCCAUUUGUCAGCUAAGUGCAGAGGCAUUUGUUUUUUGCUCUCCUCCCACAGAAUUGUUGGCCAUUUAUUUGCAGGCCUUUUGCGGGAUUUCUUGGCCAUUUAUUUGCAGGCCUUUUUUCCCAGCCCCAAAUUCUUGGGUUGGCUCUGUCUGCUUAAAGAGCCUGUCUUCACAAAGCUGCACUCGGGUGCCUCUGUGCGCUGUCUUAGAUCCUACUGCCGGCCCUUCAGGACUCCGAGCCAGGAAAGAACUCUCCAACCUCUGGCUCGAGACUCUAUUUUUUUUCUCAUUCUUUUCCUUACUCUCCUCCUCCUUCUAUUUCUGACUAAUUCCAUCUCUUUUUUUUGUUGUUGUUCCUCUCCUUUUCCUAUUCUUCCUUCCCACUAUCUCUGAGUUGUUGACUUUCUCCUAUAAUCCUUCUCUAUUCCCUUUCUCUUUUUGUCCACCUCUCCUUUAGUCUGUUUCUCUGCCCUUCUUAUUCCUCUUCUGUCCUUUCUCCUCUCCUCACAUCUCUGAUCAUUUUCUCCCACACAUCCCUGUAUUGAUUUUUCUGUCCUCUAAAGGGCUCAUGGCUGAUUCAGACAGCAAGUCCAUGCACUGGACUAAUGACACAAAUACUUUAGGUCGCCGUUUCACCUACUCAGCCCAGAAAGCAAAGCUGAGCGUGAGGCCCUGACCUGGAGCCCGCUCCAGCCCGCCUCCCGGAGCCAGCCUGCACCGUUGCCCUGGCAGCGAUGAUGCAUGUGCUGUGGGCCCUGCCGGCGCCUGAGUGCCUCUGCCUGAACGCUGCUCCUAAGCGAGCCCGCUCCCAGCACUACCGCAUGGCUCUGAGGACAUUUCCUUUCAAUAAAGGCAGACUCUGGCCCCAAUUAUUCUGAUAGCAAACCUCUUCCUCCUCAUUGAAGCCAUGCCAUCACCUUGGUUUGGAGAGAGACAUUUUUUUCCCAUUCAUAAGCUUUCUUUUUCCCAUUUUCAUGUGAAGCCCCCUCUGCUUUUCAGCUGGUGAUUGCUCUGGUGAGACUGAAUGGACUUGCUGGUGAAAUGAAAUCUCUUCUUUCCUGUCUUGGUCCUGCCUAAAUUCCUGCAAAUAUAUUUAAGCCAAGGACUCAGGCUAAUUCCUAAGUUGAUCACAUUAAUUUGUCACUCCUAGAGGGAAAAAGAUCAAUUCCCUUGAAGCAUGUGGAGUACCUCCUGUGACAGCUGACUUGCCAGGGGACUCCCUACAGAAUUCUGUGAUAUACAUUUUACUUCUGUGUAUGUAUGGUAUAUAUGGUAUGUAUACCAUGUACACACAUGUUACAUUGAGUAUGAUUGACUGUGGUUGGAAACCCACACACACACUCAAGUCUGUAAAUAUCCUUCCUCACUGAAACCUGUGCUUUGGAAAUCAUUUCUUGUACAGCUGUGCAGUUUCUUGUAACAGCUGAGGACAAAGCUAAGACAGGCGGACAAUUUAGACAAAGAUCAUCUAAAGAGUACAGUAUCUCCCUAGCAACUCAUGAGGACAGACAACCAAGUGGCAAGGUUGACUCCCAAUGGGAUGGCAGACUUUUCUUCUCUCCUUUUUGAGUUUGUGUUUCCUAAGUGUUUCUUAACUUCUGAGUGCACCAGGCUGUACCCGUUAGAUCCUUUCAAUAUGACAGUUUUGUGCUUCUCUCUGACAGGAUGUUUCUCCAUCGAGCUAUAGUGCAGGAUGGGAGGGAGGUGGGAAUACUCCUUGCCUGGGCUGGAGUUUACAGAGACACUGCACAGCUUACACUCCUGUUAAGUGUAAAUAUUCAACACUUCCAUUCCAUUUGUGUAAAAAAUAAAGCACACACGAUUAUAAAAUCAAGAUGUAUAUUUCAUACUCAGUGUGUCUGUGCAUAUUCAUUGCGUUUCUAGUUGUCAGUGGUGGGUGGCCCCAUUGUAAAAAUGCCUGAUAGAGUGUUUAUAAACAUGGUUUUAUUAUAAGAUACAAAUAUUAAAACAUUUUAUACUUUAUAGCAAA